AUGACCGUGUUAUGGGAUGUCGGUGAAUGUCCACCCAGGAAGAAACUCUGCUUGUCCACCAAUCAGGCAAAAAAAAUAAGCCAACCUGUGGAUGAAUCGCUUAUGGCAAUACCUAUUGAAGCAGGGCUAAUGGUGGUCGGCGGAGUGGACGGCAGUGGUCGAGGGGGUGGAGAUGCUCCAGAGAACCCUAUUACCACUCUUUCAAACCUUGGAAACACUUGCUUCCUCAAUUCAGUAUUAUAUACCCUUCGGUUCGCUCCUUCUUUUCUGCACAAUUUGCAUCAUCUUGCGCUCGAUCUCCAAGAGUAUUCCGGUCGGGCUGGCCUUAAGUGCUCAUCUUUGGGUAGAGGAGGAAAAAGUUGGAGCAGUAAAGACCUCGGUUCAUUGACGGGUGGAGAUGCCCUGAAGAUGCAAAUUGCUACCGAUAAGCUGCAUCAACUGUACGAGUCUUUGAGGACUGAAGAAGUGAAGGAUCAUCAUUCCGAACCUUUCCAUCCUCAUCUAUUUCUCCAGUCUCUUAGGGAUGUGAACCCAAUAUUUGAAGGCAACCAACAACACGAUGCACAUGAACUUUUGGUGUGCUUAUUAGACAACAUUCGUGAAACAUGUUGUCAGUUACGACAAGCUGCGUCUGUUUCUGCUGUUACCACGGCACCUCCUCCGCCACUACCUCCUGUUAAGCAGUCUUGGUCUCGACAGGUACGCAAAUCAUUAAGUAUUGGAAGGCAGGGACGUGGUAAAGGAGAAAACGACUCUAGGGGAAUCGAAUCUAUAGCUCAAAACGGGGACUGUUGUACCAACGGUGUCGAUUACGAGGAAGAAAGUACUGCUGUCGGACACAACUUCAUAUCCGAACACUUUGAGGGAGUGUCUCUAUUGAGAACUACCUGCCUUGAGUGUGAGCAGGUGACGCAAAGGAAGGAAACAUUCUGUGAUAUCUGUGUUCCUAUCACGACAGAUUCACAAGGGAAGGAUGAUGGCCUUAACGUUAACCAGCUGUACCAAUCUGCUCUCGUGACAGAGGAGUAUUUACAUGACAGUAACAAAUACUGGUGUGAAAGAUGUCUUCGUUACAAUGAAGCUAGGCGAUGCGUUAAAUUUGAGUCAUUGCCCAAACUGUUAACUUUGCAAAUUAAAAGGUUCUCUUCUGGUUAUGGGUCUGUAGUGAGCAAAGUUAAUGAGCAUAUGCCAACUCCUUUGAGGCUCGGAUGCUUUUGUGAAGGAUGUGAAAAGCUCGGCAGCCCCAGCCCAGAACAUGAAUAUAGUCUUUACUCUGUUAUCAUGCACCUCGGGGCUACCAUGGCUUCAGGUCAUUACGUUGCCUAUGUCAAACCACGAGAUUUUUCAACGGAUUAUGAAUCCUGUAACAGAGAGAGAAGGAAAACAGCUUCAUUAUCAAGUGCAGCUCCUGACAAGAGUUCUUCUGCAACUGCGAAAAAAAAGUGGUUUUUCAGAACUCCAAAGAAUGGUUCAAUUACUGAGAGUAGGGGACAGUACUUCAGGUUUGUAGGAAGGUCUUCAUGUAGAGGAUCCGACUGCUGUGGAGUGAGAAUGCGAGAAGAGGUUAACGACGAGACCUGGCUUGAGUGUGACGAUGAAACGGUUAGAGUGAUCUCGCGCCGACAGCUUGAAGAAAUAUUGGCCGGAAAGCAAGCUAAGGGUUCAGCCUUAACACCGUACCUACUCUUCUAUUCAAGGCACUAA